AUGUUUGAAAUGUCUUCAUUUUGCCCUCCUUCUUUAGGUUGGGAAUAUCCCCUAGAGUUAGGAACCAACCAAGCUUUUCCUAAUUUUAAUUUGGAUUCUGUACUUCUUGUUGAUUUUUCAUCAUCUCAAGCUCAAGUUUAUCAAGAGUGUGAUCAUAUUAAACGAAGUGAAUCACCACAAGAUACAAGUUCAACGGAUCCUUUUAUUGAUAAUGAUAAUAAUAAUAAUAACAAUGAUUAUAAUCCCAUAUUAUUAUCCAAGAAAAUCAAUCAUAAUGCAAGUGAAAGAGUUCGAAGAAAGAAGAUCAGCAACUUGUAUUCAUCUCUACGUAAUUUGCUUCCUGAAUCAGAUCAAAGGAAAAAACUAAGCAUUCCAGGAACAGUUGUAAGAGUGGUUGAGUAUAUACCUGAGCUACAAAAGGAAGUGGAUGCUCUAACUCGAAAAAGGAAUGAGCUUUUACCAAAAGUUUCAGCACUACAAGGAAAUGCUAGUGACUUUAUUCCAGAGAAAAAGCAAAAAGUAUGCACCAAUAAUGAGACAAUGUCGUGUUCAAUUUCAGCAAAUAAAUUGGGUGAUAAAGAAAUGGUGAUCCAAAUAUCAGCAUUUGAAAGAAUAUCAUUGUCUGAAGUGAUCUUGCUACUUGAGAAGUAUGGUUAUGCUGUUCUUGAUAUUUCUUCUUUCCAAUCCUUUGGAGGAACAACAUUCUACAAUAUACAUUUACGGAUAGAAGGAAGCUACUCGGUAAACUUCGAGACUGUGAAUGAAACAUUGUUGUCCCUACUUGAGAAGCAGAAGCAGAAACAGAAGCAGAAGCAAGUUCAGGUGUAUUUUACGUGUGGAGGAACAACCUAAAACACAUUUUGGUCUUUUAAUAUCUAACUAUUUUGUAAAUUGCAAUUGAUCCAAUUAUAUUUUCAGAGUUUAGAUAAAAGCUC